AGUCAUCGCUCUUACGCUCAGGACAGGACUGAGCGGAACAUUAGCCUACCGUCUUCAGCUUUUAACUUCUUGGACAUACCUGGAUUUCACGGUGCUGCACUCGGAAUACAAAAAAAAUAAAUAACUGGGUUAAAUUAGCCGAUUCCAGUGGCGUCAGAUGUUAUCAAAUAAGUCUACCUUAAGAAGUGUGUAUCGUCAAAUGUUCAGUGGAUUUGCUUUCGUUUCUUUAAACUGAAAUCGUCGCUUACUUUGGAACUUACCGCAUCAAAUCGUGCAAAUUUAUUGGGAACUAGUGUCGCCUACGUUUGGGGGAAAAAAUUUUUUUUUAAUUAUUGCAGACCAUCGUCGAAUGGACCAACAUCCCAGGGCAAGGAGCUGUACCGACCGCGGAGCUGCGUCCUGCGAAGUCGUCCCCGGCGCGCCCUCCAUGAAUUUGCACAUCCAUUCUACAACCGGCACCCGUUUCGAGCUGUCCCUGCCCUCGGAGGAGACGGUGGAAGGGCUGAAGCGAAGGCUUUCGCAACGACUCCGCGUGCCCAAGGAACGGCUUGCGCUGCUGCACAAGGAAACGCCCCUAAAUUCAGGAAAACUCCAAGACUUUGGAAUAGCCGAUGGGAGCAAAUUAACGCUCGUGCCAACAGUUGAAGCAGGAUUAAUGUCGCAACAAACAUCAAGACCUGAGCAGUCCAUCAUGCAAGCCUUGGAGAGUUUGACAGAAACUCAGGUCAGCGACUUCCUGUCUGGGCGGUCCCCGCUGACGCUGGCCCUGCGGGUGGGCGAUCACAUGAUGUUCGUCCAGCUGCAGCUGGCGGCCCAGCAGUCCGGCGGGCAGCAGCUGCACCACCGUCACCUGAUCGCCCGGGGGGGCGGGGCCAGCGCCACGGCGACCGCGGGGGUUUCGGGGAGCGGAGGCGGGCGUGUCCGCGUCCCCCUCCACGCCCAUCGGGUCUCCGUGCCGACCACCGCCACCUCCGGCAGCAGCCCUGCCUCCACGCCGCCGCCUGCCUGCCCCACACCGCCCCCCGCCUGCCCCACACCGCCCCCCACACCCCGCUGCAGCCCCUCGACUCCGCCCCUUUCCUGCCCCGACGGCUCACCUCGCCCAAACUCGCCCCCCGCCGCCCACAGCACCCCGCCGACCUCCCCCUGUGCAGAGGCUACCUGCCGCACGCAGACUCCUGGCGCAGGCUCCGCCCCUUCCUCCUCGCGCUCUCGCAAGCCCGGCGCCGUCAUCGAGAGCUUCGUUAGCCACGCCCCCGGAGUCUUCUCAGGGACCUUCUCAGGCACUUUGCACCCCAGCUGCCAGGACGGGACGGGGCGCCCCAGACGGGACGUUGGAACCAUCCUGCAGAUCCUGAACGACCUGCUGAGCGCCACCCGCCACUACCAGGGCGUCCCAGCAUCCCUUGCUCACCUGCGCUGCCAGACGCGGUGCGCGCCCCCCUCGCCGCCGCCGUCCCCCUCGCCGCCCCCCUCCCCCGCCGGGAUGCCGGACCUCUGCGCCACAUCUACCUCCGUGCCCCCCGGCAACCCCCUGGCGCAGUGCCAGGACCCCGCCCACGGGAGCAAGCCUGCCGGCGACGGCGUGCGGCAGACUGAGAACACCGCCACGCGCUGCAAGGUGCAGCGGCUGCAGCUGCUGAUGGAGCGGAGGAGGCUUCGCAGGAAGGCCCGGCGGGACGGCCACGCCCCCUACCCCUGGCUGGCCAAUCGCAGGGCCGGCCGCGGCGCCCGCAGCAGCGACAGCAGCGUGUCGAGCGAGUCGUCCUCCCUGGACAUGGACUACGAGGACUCGGUCUGGAAGCCCGACGUCAAGGCCGACAUCAACUCCGAGUUCGGCGUCAUGGCGUAGCGAGGUCGCGAGGUCGCGAGGACGACGCCCACCCGCCCCGUUACUUUUUGGGGGGGGGGGGGGGAGGCGGGUGGUGGGAUGGAAGACGGGGAGGAGAGGGGGAGGAGUCCGGAUGGAGGGAACAGGGCCACACCCCAGAGGGAGGGGGUGCAGUGAAACGGUCCGUUACCACCUGGCAACAGGCCACUCCCCCCCCCAGCCACAGUCCACUCCCCCCCCAGCCACAGGCCACUCCCUCAGCCACCAGCCCUGCCUCAUGGUUCUGUAUUGACCCUUAAACUUUAUGCUGUUUUUAGUUUUUUUUUUUUUUUUUUUCUUCUUUUUUUCUUUAUGGAAAUAUAAAAAAAAAAAAAUGGGUGUAUUUGUAUUUUUGGAGUUUGGUGGGGGUGUUGCGAGAUUUCAUGGACGGUGAAGUAAUUAUGGAUUUAGACCACGUGAACGCGUGUGGAACGUGUGUGGAACGCGUGUGGUCUCUCUGGAUGAUGGACUUCAGUGCUUUCCCCCCCCCCCCCCCCCC